AUGUAUUUGAUGUUAGGGAGAGGGAGAGAGGGUGGAGAGUCCGGGAUUUCCCACGCUAUUUGCGGGCCGGAUUGCUGCUAUACCGUUCACCUGAAGCGCCGGCCCUUCGGCCAGGCGUGGCGUGCUUGCCGGACACUGGGGGGGAACCUGGCCAGCGUGAGACGGCCGGAGGACGCAGCGUUACUGGAGGAGCUGCUCGUGGCUCUGGGGGUCCCGGGCCCGGCGGGGUUUGGGGGACCCCCACUCCUGCUCUGGUUGGGGCUCCAGCGUCAACCCCGUCAGUGUUCACCCCACAAACCCCUCCUGGGGUUCACCUGGACAACCGGGGACCAGGAGACCCAGUACACCAACUGGGUGGACAGCACACCCACCUGUGCUGCCCCCCGCUGCGUGGCCCUGACCCUGGGUGGGCCCCGGGACACGGACUACAAGUGGGUGCCGGGCCCGUGUCAGCUGCCGUUGGACGGCUACAUCUGCCGGCACUCGUUCCCCGGCCUCUGCCCCGGCAUCGCUGCCCCCGGCACCGUCUCAUACGCCGCCCCCUUCGGCCCCGUCUCCGCCCCGCUCCGCUUCGCCCCCGUCGGCACCGUCGCCACCGUCCGCUGCCCCGGGACAGGCACAGGGGGGUCCCUGCUCUGCAUGGCCCGGCCGGGGGGCGUGGGCUGGUCCCGGGGACCCCCCUUACUGUGGGGAGGGGAGAGAGGAGACUGUGUGCCAACACGGAGGGGUCGUUUGCGUGUUAUUGCCGUGUGGGCUACACGUUGGCGGCGGUGCGGCUGGGUGGCAGUGGCCGGCGGCAGCAGCACGUGCCAGGACGUGGAUGAGUGCAGGUUCCACGGCAGCUGCCAGCAGAUGUGUCUCAACUACAUGGGCAGCUUCAAGUGUCACUGUGAGGAGGGGUACCUGCUGGACACUGACGGCUUCUCCUGCCUCCCCCUCCCCACACCAGCGGCAAAACCCACCCCCCUCACACCCACCACCCCAAACCCGACCCCACCCCCAAACCCACAGGGUCAGGUUGGCGAGGGUGAGGGGGGUCAGGGUGAGGUUGUCGUGGCCUCCAGUGGUCCCGGCCGCCCCCCUGAGGGCCGCUGGCUGCCGGUCGCCCUGCUGGUACCGGUCGGCAUCUUUGUGGCGGUGAUGCUGGCUCUGGGCAUCGCCUACUGCACCCGCCGCAUGUGUGGGCGGGAAGGCACCAACGCCGGCUGCAGCCAACGCCCAGCGCCCACGGACCCACGCAACACACCCGCAGGCACCAACGCUGGCCAUGCCACCAAUGCAGGGGUAAACCUUGAACCUCCCAAUCUCGGAGUCGUGGCCCCAGGACGUUGCAAGGACGUCUGCUGUGUGUGAGGCCUGGCCCAGCACAACCUUCUGGGACUCCAUCAGUAGGUGACCGGUGCUCCAGGUGGAGGAGUGGCCAGAAUCACGCUGACCCUCGGAGGACCACUGGACGAAUGGCCGACCCAUCAGCAGAGGGACCCAUCUUGCUGACAUCUGCGCUCUCUUCCUUGAACAAUGUCGCUGGUUGGGUUUGGACUUGGCUGGGCAGCAGUUACCACCACAGGUGGUCUUUCAGACUGCGGUGAUCUGGAUUACAGCGGACCCCCCCCCUGCCCCUCCC